AUGCCUAAUCAGAUACCCAAAACACAAUCCUUUUACGGGCAGACACCCAGUGAUCAAACCAAUAUACCGAGUACUGAUAACACAAGCUCUAAUAUCCCUUUGAAUUCAGAUCAAGGUUCAAAUCCCACUCAAAGCUCAAAUAUAAACCAAUAUCCACCACCAGUAAACAUGCAAACAGCCACUGUUACACCACAAGGACUCAUACCUGAUCCUACUACCGCUGAGUUUCAACAUUCACACGCUUUCCAGCUUCCACCACCACCACCAAACUCAUUUCCAAGACACAUCUCGCUACCUACAUAUGCACAUAUUCUCCCUAAACUUAUAAGGGCAAGCUCUAUCAAUAAUGAAGAGUAUAUGAAAAAUGAUGAUCAAAACAACAAAUUCUUAAAUUUGAAAGUCACAAUGGAGUUCCAAGGUGAUAUAAACUCAAUGACAAUGAACUGGACUCCAAAAGAAAUUGAAAAUUCAAGAAGACUUGUUGCUAUUGGGUUCAAGCAGCAUUUUAAUCAUUUGGUACUAAAUUUUAAACCUAUUGAUCAAAGUGAUUACAUUCCGGGUACACCAGUUAUUUCAUGUAUUUAUUGGAACCAAACCAACAAAUUUUAUGUUACAUCAGUUGAUUUAAUUACCUUAUUGGAAUAUUUGGUGAACUCAAAAUUUCCUGUUGAAGAGAAAAAUAGAAUCAGAAGAAACUUACAAAGUCUUAAACCUUUAACAGUCUCAAAAUCCAAUCCAAAAUUUUAUAGAUUUUUUCAAUUAAUUAUGAAUUUCCAGAACCCUAAACCAAGACAUAUUGAAAAAGACGUUAAAGUUUUAUCUUGGAGUGCCUUAAGAGAAUCACUACAAAAAGUUUUAUCAAAAUAUACUAUUGAUCCAACAACUGAUGGUAGUCAUAUAGGUGGUAAUGCUAUCCCAUAUUAUGAUUCAAAUACUUCAAGAACCAACACUUCCACUACAACAAGCACUUUAAAUUCCAAUAACUCUGCCAACUCUUCAGCUGUCAACCCAUCAUCUACAUCAUCAAGCUCAUCAAGUUCAAAUCCAUUUAAAGGAAAUCAUUCAAAUCAAUUAUACAAUAGUAUUCCAGAUGCUUCAAAUUUUAAUUAUUCUUUGCAGCCACCAAUUCAAGAAUCUUUUUAUCCGUAUUAUCAAUAUCCACCAGGUGUUAUUCCACAUCCACAAGGUCAACAACAACCUCCACCACAAUCAAAUUCAACUCCUCAAAAUCAACCACCACCUAUCAACUACCAACAACCUUUUUAUAACCAGCCAGCACAUCAAAUCCAAUAUCAACAACCUUCAAUGGGUUCAUAUCAAGAUUCACAAUAUCAAUCUACACCUCAAGUGCACGGUCCACAACCAGUUUCUUCGUCAGGUUUAAACCAAAAUCCACCAUCUUCAAGUGGGACUGUACAAACACCAACAGGUCAAGAUAUAGCAAACCAGGGAGCACCAAACCCUUUACUACAAGGCAAUACUUACAAUAACAUGUAUUAUUACCAAUGA